AUGACAUCACUAUCACUUCAUCAUGAACACGCCUGUAUAUGGUCGAUAGAGAACUACAUAGAGGGCAUUAGAAGUUUUUACAGCUCUACCAAAGAGUACUCAUCUUCUGAAAUGUGUUGUUCAACUUCCCAUGUCGACCUUUUGAUCGUUGGCGCUGGUCCGGCAGGACUCGCCGCAGCGUGCUGGGCAGCUCGGUACAACAUGUCAACACAAAUAAUAGACCAGAAAGGCAGUCGAACUAAGACUGGUCAUGCCGAUGGCGUGCAGAGCCGGACUCUAGAAAUUCUAGAAAGCUUUGGGAUUGUCGACCGAAUAUUGAAACAAGGGGCUCGGGAAGUCGACAUGUGCUACUGGGUUAGUGCUAUGCAACAGCUUAAGGCACAAAACGGCAUAUUCACAGAAAUGCAGGCAAUGGACUUUGACACAGGGAAAAUCGAGCGCCGUAGGAGAGAUGCAGCAAAGAUUGGGCGCAUGUCCAAAUUCGGGCAAAUCUUGCUUAAUCAGGGGUCUGUUGAACAAAAUUUCAUUGACCAUUUGUGUUCGGAAAGCAAUAUCCGCGUUCAGUGGAACAGAAGAGCCGAGUUCUUACACAUGCCAGCAUCCGACGAUGAUAGGGAAGAAUUCCAAAUAGCCGUUGGGGUGGCUUGUCUUGAUGAGCACGGUGUGUAUGGUAAGUCCCGAGAGUUGCUCUUCGCAAAACAAAAUGAAACUGAGUCCCUAAACAUAGGCGACUCACACUCUCCUGAUCCUUCGCAUAUGAUCCAUGCACGUUAUUUGAUUGCAUGUGACGGCGCUCACAGCUGGGUUAGACGGAAGCUCAAUGUUUCGACUGAUAGGGAUGAUAAGAGCACUGCCUGGGGUGUUUUGGACAUAGACCCUAUCACCGACUUUCCCGAUAUCCGCCAAGCCUGCUCAGUUCAGUCUGAACCACAUGGAAGCAUUAUGACGGUGCCACGAGAGAACAAGCUGGUGCGUUUCUACGUUCGCCUCCAGGACGGGCUUAAAGAAGACAACUCGCCCUAUUCCAGUGAUCCCCCAAGGGCUUUGGUCGAGAUGGCCGAACGGACGAUGAGCCCGUAUAAACUGACGUACAACUAUUGCGAUUGGUGGUCAUAUUAUUCGACUGCUCGACAGGUUGCUGAAAAUUUCAGACCCCACAACCGCAUCUUCCUUGCCGGUGAUGCAGCCCAUACUCAUUCCCCGAAAGGAGGACAGGGGAUGAACGUCUCGAUCCAGGACACAUACAACCUCGUUUGGAAACUAGGAGCAGUGCUCACAGAGGGCGCGGAUCCUGUUAUCUUGGAAACUUACAACACUGAACGCCGUCCUGUUUCCAAGAAGUUGUUGGAUUUAGAUGCGCGUCUCGUGGCAGCCUAUGAGGACCAACAAACUGGGAAAGCCAGCGGAGUGUAUGAGGUCCGCGAAAAGCAUGCUGGCUUCAUGGCAGGAGUGGACGUAACUUACGGUCCGAGUGUCUUAGUCGUCAACGGCGAGAUUUAUGGCACCCCGGCUCUGGCGCGAAACAUCAAGCUGGGUAUGCGUCUUCCUUCGACUACGGUUACUUGUCAAUGCGAUGGCACCUCCACUCAUUUGACGCAAAGGCUUACUAGUGACGGAUCAUGGAAACUCUUAGUAUUCCCAGCUGGCUUGAGUGAGCCGGGGAAAAUGGAGGCUCUGGUCAAGCUCGCAGAUUACUUAACCAACAACUCGUAUCUGGCGCAUCUACCGAAAGGAAAAGAUAGGAACAGGCGCGGGCCUGCAAUCGAUGUUUUUUGGGUACAUUCAAGCCCGCGGAACACAGAUAAGUUAUUGGAGUUGCGACUGAUUUUCCAUCCAUUCGAUGAGGUAAUGGGCUGGAAUCACGGUAGGGUUUUCGCAGAUGAGAACGGACAGGCAUACGCAGAAUAUGGCAUUGAAGGAAACGGUGACGGUUGUCUUAUUCUGUGUCGUCCGGAUCAACACACCGCUUGGAUUGGCGGGUUCGAGAAUAUGGCCGAUCUAGAUACCUUCUUUUCCAUUUUCUCCUAG